GUGUAGGAGUUGUUUGCGCUUCAGGUGUAUUGACACAGUGAAUGGUGUUUUUUUUUUGUGGGUGAACUGGAAGCUGUCUGCUGCUAAUUGGGAUCGGCAUCCUGUCACCUUACCCCCAACGCAACCUGCGACGUGGUGUCACACCGUCGGCAUCGCGUUGACACAGCAGAGCUAGUGCUGAGAACCCGCAGAGUCCCCGAAGGCAGCAACCAACGUGUGACAACGCGAGACGGCGGAGAUUAUAUUUCCAUAUCACUUUGGAAUAUUAUUGCCAUCCGAUGUUUGCACAAUCAGGACCAGCUUCUGCCUGAGCAAACAUUCGGAGGCAUUUGCGCUGCCAUCGGUCGUUGUCUUCAUCAGGCGGCGGCGGCGGCGAGAAUCAAGUAGAGCAGAACGCGCGGAAAAUUGUCUGCCAAGUGGAAGAAAUCAGAUUUCACCAAAUAAGCACCAAUAGAGCGAGGCAGGAGAGGCGAAUGUAAGGCAGCUAGGAAAAAAAAAACGUUUGCCACUGGUAAAAGUGCUAAAGUGAGAAAAGGAUGCCCCAAUUGGUGGCCAACUCAGCGUCGUCGAUGGCGACGGGGAAAAUAUGUAAAAUUGAAAUCGGAAAAUGUUUGCUUUUCGUCACACUGCUAACGAGUGUUUGCUUUCGAGCGAUCCGCACUGACGAUGCAUCCUCCACGGACCCGCAGCAUUCGGCACCAACAAAUGAACCCGAAUUGGAAACCGGUUGCCCUCCGCCGGAUUUCAAAAUAUCCCGUUCCCGGAAGCAUUAUGCCACGACGGAGGCCCCGUUCGUCACCUUCGAGACGACCCAGAUUUACCUACCGCAGGACUUUACGACGGCCGAUCUCGAAUUCGUUGACGGCAAAAAGACCGCUUCCGUUGUCGAAGGCUUGCUACCAGACAACCAGAAUGCGCGGCUGCAUGAUUCCCACGAUACGCCGUUUUGGUGGGAAAUGGGUAUCCAGAAUGCUGAAGCGAGAGAAUCGCUGGCGGCGGCUUCGUUUCCAUCCUACAAGCAGCGAGCGAAGCGGGGUUUGAGAAGAAGCCAUCGUGUUCGAAGAUCGACGAUCGAUUCGAAUGGCCAGGACAAUGCGUUGUUGCAUCAGGAGUGGACGCCGGUCGUUGUGAUUAGCAAUAUUUUCAAUGAGAACGACAGUGAUCACAGCGUGUUUGACAAUGUGUUUCUGAGUGGAAACCAGCUGGAUGGGGAGUUGGACGAGGAAAAGGAUCGCUAUGUGGAUCAGAACGAGAUUGGAGACGUUCUGGAAACGGAGGUCGUCGAUGGACGUGGCGUGAAGACGCGAGUGAAGCGAAAGUCCGGGAAGACGACCGGAGCGUUGAGUAGAGCGAAAGGAAGUGGAAGUGACAGCGGCAGUAAGAGUAUCACCAGACACAACAAACAAGAUAUCUUGGACGAGGAGCAAGACGACCGCGAAGUGCCUGCCAACCAUCGGGACGAUUCGAUGGUACGGGAGAAGCGUAAAUCUGGUAAGGCAACCGGUGCUCUUAGUCGUCCGAAAGGUGGUAGCGAUAGCGGCAGUAAAAGUAUCAGUCGUAAUGCCAACAAAGGUCAAUACGACGAGGAUGGAAGUUACGUUCCACCAUUGCCAGACUCCCAUGAGGGUCCGGAUGAGGAAAAAGAAAGCGAAGAGAUUGAAGAAAGUCCAGAACUGCAUCAAUUCCGAGAUGUAAGCGAAGUUCGCUUUCCCGGCGAGGUUGGACCACUCGGAGAUCACCGACUGUGUAAGAUCCAGUGCGUUAGAGGUCAUUGGGUGGGACCGCUAUGUGCCAUGAACGAACACGAACAGGACGAGAAUGGACAACUGAAGUUUGAGCCUUUGUACAAGCGAUGCAUUGUAGAUCACAUUCCACCACAUCUGCUGCUGAGUUACAAGAACGUGUCUGUGACUAUAGGUUGGGAUCUACCCCACGGUCACCAACUGCAGGCAAGAUGUAGGGAUCUGGGUCUGUACAAACUUCUAGGUGAUGCAAAAGUACUCUGUUCCAAUGGUAUGUGGGCUCCUAAAAUGCCAUCAUGCGUGCCGACCACUCUACUAACAAACUAUUCCGAUGACAGUCCACCAUCGAUCCGUAUAAAAGUAGGUGUGGGAUCAGCUGCCUACGAACCAUCCGGAGUUCUAGCCGUGCUUCCUACUAGCACCAUUCAUCUGGACUGCAUGUACCCUCGGCGCCGAGGCUCCCCCGAAUGGACCUGGACCGGCUGGUUCCGUCAAUAUCUAACCGGUUGGUCCGCUGUGCCGGAGGAGAAGGCAUCUCGCUACCGGCUGACGAUCAAGGACAUCCAAAAUCAGGACUCGGGAACGUACACCUGCGCGUCGCCACGUGGUCUGACCAAUAGCAUUGUGAUCGUUGUGGCCACAUCGCAAUGUUCGACCUUGCUGGAACCCAAGCCACCGUUAUCGCUUCGAUUGGAAGGUAUCAAACUUGGACAAAGGGCACUGUACCGGUGUCCUCUGGGGUACAGCCUACAAGGAACGGCUAAUGCUACCUGUUUGGCAUCAGGUAAUUGGUCGUCACCAACUCCCAACUGUCACCCGAUCCAGUGUCCUCCGUUGUUCCUGGAAGAUCCCCACCUCAGUCUGGUGGAGUUGAACACAUCCGCUUGGGGACGUGCCGUAUUCCGCUGCGCUUGGGGAUACCGUCUCAGCGGACCACCGGGACUGGAGUGUGAACCCAAUGGUCAUUGGAGUGGCCCAAUUCCUAGAUGUCGUGCGAUCCAAUGCCCGCAGCCACUGGUGCCGAUUAAUGGUCGAAUCGAUGGAACUAGCGGGUUGAACACGUACGGUCAGCGCCGCUAUGCCGUUGGGGCCCUGGUAACGUUCAGUUGCACCGAGGGACACCUGCUGGUGGGAGAAGCGUCGAUAGUUUGCACCGAAACCGGCUUCUGGUCCCAUCCGCCACCGUUCUGUAAGGCCCAGUGUCCGUACCCGGGCGAUCCGCCUAAUGGAUUGAUAGCUCCGCUCAAGUUCCACUACGACCCAGGCGACUAUCUGACGGUGCAGUGUCGGCCAGGAUUCGUCGAACAUGGAGCCAACGGAGGACCACUGGAACGUCCGCGGUGCACCCCAGAGGGAGACUGGUCCGGACCGGUUCCACAGUGUCGAAGUUACGAGGAGAUAUAACUAUACUAAGACGGGUAGGAGGACCAUGUCAGGCCCUCCUGAGCAGGUAGACGACGGUAGUACUUCCUUGUGAUAACAGCGGAGUUGAUACAGGAUGCUCUUGUUUGACGAGAGGCUACGGCAACACAUAGACGGAUUGUCGACGGCAUCGGAUGAACAUAAUGGUUUGAUGUUUUUAUGAAAGUACAACUUGAAACGGUUUGACCCCCCUAGUAGUGGAAGAGACAAAAUGUAGCAUUCGAAGCCAUCCAAAAGACAUGUGGUACUGUACCUUAGUAGAUAACACUGUAGUUUCCCAAAGGGUUAGAACAGAGAGACACUCGGAAAGCAAUUCUUUAGACGAAUUUACUUUCAAUACUGCAGCCUGUGCUGUAAACACGAAGGACACAAUUUUUGACAGUAGUGUAUUGUGUACAUAUUGUGCAUUUAUUAUCAAGGACAAGAGCCAUGGAAAACUGUGAAAACUGUUUAUUUAAUCCCACCUAAACCAAAUCUACUUAAAGAACCCCUGCACUGUAUCUGAAAACUUUCUCUAUAUCAAUCAUAUCUUGAGAUUAAGCUUACCCUAUAAGUACACCGUGCACACACACACACUCACUCACUUUGUCUAUCAAAUCGUGUAACAAACAAAAAAUUCUAUGUAAAACGCUUAGAUCAAAACGAUCGAAACCUUACUCGCUGCUCUAUUGUAACGCUGACGACUUAACUUACAUUUCACUAUAUACAGCACACCGUAUAGUUUAGAUAUAAAAUGUUUUACCCUUGUCCUCCAGAACCAUUUAUGGAACUUUAACAGAAACUUUAAUAUUACAAGUUGAAAAUGUUUUACAAUGGAUCAACAAUAGCAGCUGUAGAACAAGCAAACAGACAGUAUUAUGGAAACACUUAUUUAACAACAUAAACAUUAACUGUGGAGCAAUCCAUCCCAUCCGACGAAGCAGUAGCAGCAGUUGAAAUCAAAUAAUGCGUCUCUGGAAACGCUUGAGUUGAAUACAAUUCCUGAGGAUAGAAUAUAUAUCACAUCCUUUUAAUAGACUUAAGCCAUACACUUCAAUUGUUACUGUGAAACUGAAUUAUUGUCACAUGGAAUAAAAUUGCAUGGAAGGAAA